AUGAUUUCAAUUUGUAAGCGAAUGUCGACAAGUACUUGUUAUAAAAUUAUGUUCGUUAUGGGAGUUCUUGAUAUGGCAGCGGUUAUAGUCGUUGGACUUCUAACAGGAUAUUUUGGAUAUUUUGGAUAUGUUUAUUGUUCUUCGCCAAACUUUAUUUAUUUUGUUGGCGUACAUGAUUUCUGUUUGUAUAUUUUUACUAAUUUGCUUAUACAUAUAUUCGUUAUUAAUAGUUUGCUGGGCUACAGAAACUACAAUGGAAGGAAUUCUAGCUAUUAA